AUGGCAAAGGACAAAGAACGCUCCAUCAACCCUGCGCAACAACAACGCAAGCUCGAAAAAGCUAAAGCCCUCAAAAAAUCCAAGGCUGAACAGACCAACCGCCGCAAUGAGAAACUAGCGCGCCGCAACCCCGACCGCCUGCAACGCCAAAUCGAUGACCUCAAAGCUCUCGAGUCGUCUGGCGAGAUCAAGCCGCGUGAGAAGACGAUUCUCGAAGACCUCGAACGAGACUUGCGCGCUGUGCGCAAAGCGAGAGAAGCACUUGGCGACAAAGCCCCGCAGUAUGGAGGCGGCAAUCGUCCGCCACGCCGGGAUGACGGCGCCAGCGAGUCGGUAUUGGGAAAGAGGCAGCAUAACGGGCAGCGCAUACCUCCAAAUCGGAGACAAAACGAGAAUGAGAGUGAGACAGAUGAAGAUGUGCGGCGCAUUCCCAUGCCGGAGGACACGCCGCCGCCCGUGCCACGCCAGCAACGACGUUACUUUGGAAGUGAGACUGAAGCAAGUUACUCGCCGCAUCCAGCAGCGCCGGUGAUAGAGACCAAAACUACAUACAGUGCCGCUCCACAACUUCGCGACCUGAAGAAGGAAGCAACCUCGCGGUUCGUUCCGGAUAUAGUCCGUCGCAAGCAGGAUGCGGUCAAAGGCCAUGGCGCGCUGGUGGAGCCUGAGGAGAUGGAUCGAUUGGAGGCUCAAGGAUACUACGGUCAGAAGGCGCCGGAGAAGGAGGCAGACCAGAAGCCAGCGGAGGCCGAGGACAACGAGGAGGUGAGGCGUCUGGCGGAAGAAGAGGCAAGAUUUGAACGCGAGCUGGCCGCGGGCAUGAAGGAUGAAACCCCCGAGCACGAAGCUCAGAAGCUUGCACCUACAGGGCCAGCCCAUACGAACAGGCACGUGGAGAUCGAGGAGGUGGAAGACGAGGACGGCUGA